AACCUGCGAGAAAAAGUCAAUAGAAAGCUGAAACGAAAAUUCCCGACACCAUCAUAAAAAUGAGAAAUACCCGGCAUAAACUGUCAUACAAAGCAAACUACUUCCUGCCACCUGACCCCGCCUGAUGACCUUUCGUGCACGUUGGAGGACUGCGACCACAAAGAACCCCGGCCUCCCUAAGGUGGUGUCAGGUUGACUAGAAGCUGGGUUAGCUAACUGUUAGCAAGGAAGUUGUGAGCGUAUUUAUAGAAUGUCAAGUGCCUCCAACUCAAAUAUAUUUUUUAAAAAUCAGACUCACAAGGUAUACUGCCUGUGAUGGCGCCGUUACUGGAGCAGGUCCUCCCCAACAUCUCCACAGACUACAACUAGAUGAUCAGUUGGUGUCAGUGAACAGGACUUUGUCAACUGUCGGCUGGCACAGGGGGAUGUUGACAGUCAGCUAAGGACAAACCACUCAACUCACAAUAUCCACAAUCCUGUUGCUAUGGCGAUGGAAGGUUCUGGUAAAUUACAUUGUUGCUCCAUUGUUCUUCUCUUCCUGUGUGGACUCCUGAAUACACUUCAGUCAGUGACAUCAGAAACAAAAAUCUCUACAAUAUGCAACACCACAAACAGCACCUGGGCGAUGUUGUCCUGCUCCUCGGAUUCCUGGUAUCACGUGAUCCAAGAGCUGUAUUCACCAGUCAACACUAACUGUUCUUUAAGCUACAGCAACAAUUAUUUACAAGAAAACAGUGAGACCGGCCUCGAUGUGUCCUGUGCUGGUCCUGCCAGUCCUCCCAACAGCGUCUGUAGUGAGUCUGUGAGGAGUGAUGUAAAGGACUACAACGAGGCUUUGGUGGAUGUGACCUACGAAUGUAUCCCGGAGAGCAAAAUCUACAACCUGUGCCUCAAGCAGGAAGUGAACCUGGAAGGACAAGUCUACCUGGCCUCACCAUUAAUGUUCACAUCACCUGAAACAAGUUUAUUUACUAACUGUUCUUGUGAAAUAACUGGUGUCUUGAAGGCCGAGGUUCUGUACGCGGAUGUGAACUCAGAUGUGAACAUCACUUGUGGCAGCUGGAGUAGUAAUGAAUUCCUGUUUUUAGGUCCUGUAGUUAACAUCGACCUGGUCUUACAAGACAAACCCUGCACGAUGAGAAUCAUCUACCGUGGCGAUAACAGAAAUGUCUCGACCAUGACAGGUCGAGUGUGGAUGAAAGUAUCCGGCAGCAACAUGACACUUAAAUACUUAGAGCAGCCACCAGACUCUGUAUUCACUCUGUCAACAACAACCACAGCGACGAUGUCUACAACGACGUCUUCCUCCACUAAAACAUCUUUGACGACAAGUUUCACAUCUCAAGAGUCCUCUCCGGAUUCCACUGUGAUUUCUUCAAGAUGUUCGCCUUCGAGCAGCAACAUGAUGCUGAACUGCGACGGGAAGUCGUCAGAUGUUGUAGUGGGAUCAACGGUCUCAACCACACUGUCGACAGCAGACACAUCAACGAUGUCUACAGCAGCGUCUUCCAACGAUAGACCACCCUCGACAACAUCCUCGUCUAGAGUCUCGUCUCCAGACCCCGCUACGAUUUCUACAGGCACUGAGACGAUGACAUCGACUCCUGUUUCGACCACCUCUUCAUCAUCUUUUUCAACUCCAGUGUCCAGUAUGUUAGAGGUUUUGUAUAGAGUGUUAUGUGUUUUAGCGCAUGAAUGUUUUACACAUUGUUAUAAUAUUUUAUAAUAAUAAUAAUGAUGAUGACGAUGAUAAUAAUAAUGAUAAUAAUAACAAUGAUAAUAAUAAGUUGAAUCAUCAAGCCUUUAUCCCACCAUCAAAGUCUAACUCAAAGCGCUGUACAAACAAGAUAAUGAUGGUUAAUAACGAGAUGUGUUCAGAUUAUCCUGCCUUCACUUCCUGUGUAUCGUUAGUAGAUGUCGCCUUGUGUAGACUACUUACAAAUAAUAUUUUGAUGUUUUGACCCCAUCAAUAAUGCACAUCAAAUUAUGCCCACGGUCAUCGUCUGCUAUAGAAACAUGUUUUUACCCUCAAAGACAUCGUUAUCAUCUUUAUCCCCUCUACCCACUGGAGCUGUUGGCAACCUCCAGCCAUCUUAUCACCGACAUCAUCGCCACAGUUGUAUCGGUCGUCGGUCUCUGGCAUCCUGUGGAUGAUAAAAUCGCGAAAGUCAAACUUGCCACCUGGUACAUUUUGUUAUACUUCUGGUAUGGCGUGCAGUAUUAUCUGGUAAAUAUAUCUUACCACCAUUUCUAAUUUUGAAGUGAGUACAAAUCGGUCUGUUGUGUGUAUAUUUACAAAUUUAAUUUGAGUUGGGGAAAGUUUUGCAAUAUUGUGCUAACCGAUUAUGAACAAAAUUUAAUUGUGUGAAAUUCGUUCUCACAGCCUACUUCAUAUUCUUGUUUCAGGCAAACAUUGAAGACAGCACAUCGGGUGCUUGGUGGGAAACUGUUGUAAUCAUCCUUGUAAUAGAUUGUAGCAGUUGCUCCACUGUGAAAUGUGUUGAAACAGAAUUUCCAGCAUAUAAUAUAAUAUUCUAUACAGUUCUACAUUCUAACAGCAGUGAAUCAUGGGUUCAUUUAAUUAUUAGAACUCAGAAUAUGCGCAGGCUCAGCCUGUAAAAAUACAACAACACAAACACAGCUACUUUUAUGAACAAACACACACACACAGAGACUCACACACACACACAUCUACAGACCAAUCAUUUAAAAAGAAAUGUUGACAGCAUCACUGGAAUGUGUGUGUAGUAGAUGGGUCGAGUUGGCAUGCUGAUGUCUGUUAGUGUGUCUAGCUUACCUAUAUAUUUUUUCUAAAAAAAAUAAAAUGUUUAAUCUAUUAAAAUAUUAUUGAUGUUACAGAAAGCUGUAGUUUUCAAUGCAAUUGAAUACUGUAUUAUUAAUUGGAAAUAAUUUUCACAUUUUUGUCUACCAGAGUCUAUACUGAUGAAAGAUGAAAGUUACCUACAGUUCCACGGAUGACCUGUGAAAGUUCAUUGAUAGAAUGUGACAGUUCCUGACAAAACACUUUCAUGUUUUUUGUUUUAAGUGACAUUCUACAUCAGCUGCAAUCAACUUCAGAGUGCUGUUAAUUACAUUCUGUGCCAACAUCCUUUAGUAAUUGGAGAAGAAAGAAUAGCUAGUAUUUCAUGCCAUGCAUUGUUUUAUUGGUAAUAAAUUAAGUUCUUCUUAAAAUUCAUGUUUUGUGCACGUUAACGAGGAAAUUGGUAAUAAAACAUAUUGUGUGGCACGAAUGUUCUAAAGUAUACUA